AUGCAUAGAAUAUAUUUAUCAUUAUCAAUUAUUUUAUUUGCAUUGUCAAUCAUUCAAUGUGAUAUAACAAAUCUUGAUGAAUUUUUUACUCUACUUAAACAGUCUCCAUUAAAAAAGUAUUCAGUUGGAUUUCUUUCACAGGCUAAUUUUGAAGUUAUCAAACGAUAUCUACUAAAUAAUGUAGAAAGGGUACUUUUUGAAAAUAAAACCGAGAUGUUAAAAGCUAUUGAGAAUGAAACAAUUAUUGCCGGUGUUUCAACUGGUAUAUUAGCUGAAGACAUAGCACCAAACUAUCAUGUAUUUUCAUCAUUACUGGUUUCACCACAAGCAAUGCUUCUUGCACCUGAAUAUGAUCCUACAUUAGCACCUUAUGUAUCGAAAAAUGAGUCAAGUACUGAUCUAUUUGAUGCACUUAAUGCCGCUAUAGCUGAUGUACAAAGAGACGGUACGCAUGAAACAUCACUCACACUGAAUAAUCGAACAAAUUUAAUUCGAGUUGAGACAUGUCUUCAAGAAACACCAUUACCUGUUCCUAAUCGUGAUAAUACAACGGGUUAUUUACGUCAUAUAUUAUUUAAUAAAUCAAAACUUAUAAUUGGUGGUUUAGGACCAAAGGAUUUCGGUGUACACGAUGGAAAUUAUAAUGAUAAGUCACCUACUGGUUUUUAUCCUGCAUUACUUGACGCUAUUGUUAAAAAACUUGGUGAAUUAAAGGGACCAGAUGAAAUUAUUUAUGGUAAAGAAUUAAGUUCUGAACGAAAAUUUUUUCGUACUCCAGAAUCCCUUUUUCGAGCUUUACUUAAUGGAGAUAUUCAUGCAACUGAUGUUUACAUAUUUAUUAAUGUACCAUAUAAUGGUACAGGUGAAACAUGUUCAAAUAAUAGUCAAUGUCGAACACGUGAAACGUGUACAAAUGGUACUUGUACUCAUCCAGAACGACCACGAUCACUUCAUUUUCGUACAACAUGUACAACAGCUAGUCGUGAUACGAAAUUUAUUACAAAAAAAGAUAGUAGUUUUUUACGAGGGAACUCGUCAUCAAAUAAUCAAACUAAUGGUACUCGUCAAACACCAAAAACACGUUGGAUUGGUUUUAUUUUAUUAUUUGUCGUGCUUUUUGGCACUAUAUUUCUUGGAUUACUUAUACUUGUGCGUCGUAAAAAAUAUUAUCGUAUUGAACAUACAGUACAAGGUGGUUUUGGUAAGUUUGCUCGUCUUCAAGAAGAAUCUGAACUACCUAUUGAAGGCAUGGAUUCAUUUGAAGAUCAUAUUGUACAAUCACCCAGAGACAAUAUCAAUUCAACAAGUUAA